AUGAGGUCAUGGACUCUUUUUUUGACGUUUGCUGUCUCCGCUCUGGGGUCCAGAGAUGGAACACUUAAUACCGGCCCCCUGGACCCGCUACCCCGAAAGAACACCCCCGCAGAAAAUUAUUUUCAACCUGCCAUGGAUUUCGACAAAGACUCGUGCUACAACGCAGUGGCGGUGGAUGCUUCUGGGCGAACCGACAAGGGCCUGCCGUUGCCCGGUACUGCGACUUCUGGUUGCCGCGACGAAAGCCGCCUCAAUCAUCAAAACGUCUAUGUUCGAUCUCGCUGCAAUAAAGGAUGGUGCGCGCACUACUACGCGUAUUACUUCGAGAAGGAUAUUGGUCCAUUUGCUGGUCACCGUUAUGACUGGGAACACGUGGUCGUCUGGACCAAGUACAACGGAAAUCGCGACAAAAACGGGUACCCUCUGAUCGUAUACGUCUCCGCAUCGCAGCACAAGGGUUACGAGACGAAACACACCAGCAACGUGCGAUACCAGGAGGAGAACGGCUAUCAUGCCAAGAUGGUCUACCACCUCGACAGCGUGACGACUCACAACAUCCGAUUUGCGUCUAACAAUGACGAGCCGCCGGAGAACCACUGGAAGGCCUGGAUCAAGGCGAAUUUGGUCGGCUGGCUGGGGUUCCCCAGCGACAAUGUGAAGAACAGCAUCCAGGGAAAUGUCUUCGGAGAUGCCUAUCUGUGCUUAAAGGACAGCGCUUUUGGUGGAUGCUUGACCAAUGCGAUGCCAGAUGAAGUCAAGAAGAGCGGCUUCGAUGUCACCCAAGACUUUGCUUGUUCUUCAUUGAUGGCAACAUAUGGUACUUGCGUCAAGGUGUAGAUAUUGGCUCACCUUGACGUACGUCUUCACACUUGCGUGACGACCCGACUACAGGGGAUUGUUUGCAGCUUAGUGCCACAAACAAGGCCGCCAUGGUCUGGCCCUCAUUGCGCUUCGGGUUCCACCAUAAGCUUGAGCCACACCACGGGCCGCGCAGCCCAGACUAGGGUCCUUCUUGGCGGCACUCAUGGGCCUGGCACAUUACCUAAGUGUGGCUUGAUGUUGUUGAGACAGGAGUCAAAGCUGAACACGGCAGAGUCGCGAAAUCGUGGCUGCGCCACAAGGGAGCUGUGAUUGCGCACAUCAGUAGAGAAAAGGGGACACGGGGACGAGACGAGGUACGCGCUGAGCAAAAUUUAACG